AGUAUCGCCUAAAUUAAUAAAGCAGGCGUUAUUAUCGAGCUCCAGGCAGGUCUGCCGUGCGUAAAAGCUGUGCCACUGAUACCAGCGAUACUCCCGCUUGACGCGUGCGGCAGCAGAUGGAUUGUAUGUUUGCAGUGUCAUGUUGAUAGUCAGUGUUAUUAAAAUCGGAAACCGGUGAGUAAUUACUGUACGGAUAUUACUCCUUGUUAAAAAAACCUGUUCGAAUGUAAGAUACAAGACAAUACAUAUUAGUAUCUGGAUUUGGCUCAUGGCGCAUGUGAGCAUUGAAAGAAAAUGAAAACACACACUUUGUCAUUCCAAGGAGAGAGUAACAGUGGUCAGUACACUUGACUGCUAUGAGUCGCCUACUUUAUCUAAGGCACAUAGCACACACCUAAAUUCAAGACACUUAUAUAGAUCAAAUGGGUCAAACCACUAUUUCAUUGUUGCCUAGAUGCCUAGUGAGUAAGUAAAGUUAUUCCAAUAUAGCAUCCUUUUAAAAAAAAGAAAAUAGAAAAAAAAGUACAACAAAUAAACAUCAGCAGAAACAGAACUUAAAAAGAUACAAAAAUGACAAACACUCGAGGCGAAACAAGGGUCUGUACAUGUUAGUGAGUUUCCAGCUGCUUUUUAAAGGCUUCUACUUACAUUGAUUUGUUUCUGUUCCAAAGUGGAAACUAACAAGGCGGAAGUAAUGACUUUCUUUUAAAUUAGUAAAAACCUGAGGUAACAAAUCUACAUCUGGACUCUGGCACCAUCAUCCUCUCUGAAACCUACAAUGGAGCCUCCUGAGCAAAGCUACUGGUUUCCCCUGGCAUCAGACCUCAACUCCUCCUCUGCAGCCCCCCCGUCGCCUUUCCCUUUCUCCUACCUCCACCUCUCCAACAUCUCAUCCAACCUGUCCACUCAGAGUGCCCCCUUCCAGGGCAGCAGCACCCUGAUGACCGCUCUUAUCUCCCUCACAGUCUUCAUGGUGGGUCUGACCGGCAACACUCUGGUCAUCUACGUGGUGCUGCGCCAUGCCAAAAUGAAGACAGUCACUAACAUCUACAUCUUGAACCUGGCUGUGGCCGAUGAGCUCUACAUCAUCGGGCUCCCCUUCCUCACCACGCAGAACGUGCUCUCCUAUUGGCCAUUUGGCACCUUCCUGUGCCGCGUGGUCAUGACAGCAGACUGCAUGAACCAGUUCACGUCCAUUUUCUGCCUGACGGUAAUGUCCAUCGACCGUUAUCUGGCUGUGGUUCAUCCAAUCCGCAGCACCAAGUGGAGGCACCCCCGCGUGGCCAAGGUGGUGAGCGCAGCCGUGUGGGCCGUGUCCUUUGUGGUGGUCCUGCCUGUGUUCAUCUUCUCUGAUGUUCAGGACACAUUUAACUCCUGCAACAUGAACUGGCCAGAGCCAAAGAACGCGUGGUCAACAGCCUUCAUCCUCUACACUGCCACAGUGGGCUUCUUUGGACCCCUGCUCAUCAUUUGCUUCUGCUACCUGCUUAUCAUUAUCAAGAUUAAGUCAUCAGGGGUGCGGGCGGGCUUCACCAAGCGCCGGCGUUCUGAGCGCAAGGUGACGCGGAUGGUGGUGGUUAUCGUGGUGGUGUUUGUGCUCUGCUGGCUGCCGUUCUUCAUCAUCAACAUAGUCAAUCUGGUGGCCAUCAUCCCAGAGUCCAGCCUCAGUGCCGGCAUCUAUUUCUUCGCUGUCAGCCUGACCUACGCCAACUCCUGUGCCAACCCGGUGCUCUACGGCUUCCUGUCAGACAACUUCAGGCAGAGCUUCAGAAAGGUUCUGAGCGUGGGGACUGUGCGGUGCAAGACCAACGGUGUGGAUGACAGCGACCCCAGUGCUCCUCGCACGGAGAAAACCGCGUCACACGACUGCGUCCUUUUCUCCCAACGAAACCAGGCCUACCACGACCCCCAGAGCAGCCAGAUCUCUCCUCACCCUCCAGGCUCGCCCACCUCCCACACAGCAGCAGACCUGCACCGCUCCACCCCAACACCUCAACCUUUCUCCUGCUGCCCAGGAGUCGGACCCCCCACCACCCCGGUAGACUCCACAGCGGCCUCCAUGGUAACCCCGGCUGAUCUUCCCACCGUCACUGCCCUGACCUCCCCCACCUCUCCCGCAUCCAUAGCUCCUCCGGAACAGUAG